UUUUUUCGCUCUGUCUACCGUCUACGGCGACACUUUUAGAAGAGUGUGUGUUUAUGCUGAAAAAAAUCCCGAAGUAAAAGAUAAAUUACGGAAAUCUAAUUUAAUGCCACUUAUGAGCAAUGGAAUCACUGGUAAUAGUUUUCAUUUCUUUUCUGCUCUUCCAUUCUUCAGAUGCUGGAUCAUUCACUUGGCUACAUUCGGACGAUACAGUGAAUGUUGUGGAAGGUGGAACGGCAAAGCUCAACUGGAGUGUUCGUAUUGGKGCUGGUAAGACAUGGGUAGCCGUCAAGAUCACCAGAAGCGCUGCAGCUCUUUCUGGCCCAGGAGACGUAGACAUGAUAAGAAGAAAGCCGUCUGGUGUAGAGAUACUGCUGGCCGAACGAGGUGUUGACAUGGACUUAGAUGUUCAAGCGAAUUUGAAUGUUCUUAAUAUUACUUUCUCGCUUCGUAAUCUAUCAAGGAAAACUGACGAGAUGUAUUACAGAAUAUCUGUGUACGACGAUGAUCCUGACAGUUCUAUAAGAAACACAAAACUGAAUGUUAAUGUUCCUUCGUCAUGUAAAAUAUAUCCUGAUGAAAAUAUAACAGUUAAUGAAACAGACAACGUGUCACUAAAUGUCAACACCACAGGAAACCCACCUGUUUAUGAGUAUAUCUGGACACAUCCUAAUGGAAGUAGACUGACCGCCAAUAGCAAACUGACAUUUACUGCUUCAAGACAAGAUACUGGGACAUACAAUGUUUCUGUGUAUAAUGGUGUUGGUGAUAGGAGUUAUUGCACACGUCAUGUCACUGUACAAUAUCCUCCGGUGGCUGUGACUUCGAAGUUAGUCAUAAUUGAAAACUACCAAAACGGAUCAAUAAAGUGCUCUGCUCCAGGCGAGCCUGAACCGACCUUUUCUUGGACAUCCACCACAAACAGAACACUGCUGACCAAAGACAAUGGAAGAACAAUGGUGUUGAUCGACGCAACACUUGAAGAUACAGGAAACUAUACCUGUACUGCUAAAAAUAGUUUGGGUGAUUCCAGCAGCACCUCGAGUGUAGUAGUUGCAUAUCCUAUUGGUUGUACCAUAUCUCCAGAUUUGCCAAAUGUUAUCGUAAAUGAAAGUGGGUCAGUAGCUUUGACAUGCGUUGGAAAAGGACAACCGCCAGUGAAUGAGUUUUCUUGGACCUAUCCUAAUGGCACUACACAUCCUGGUACUUCAGUCCUUCAGUACAGGGCUUCCAGGACGGACAUAAAAAUUUACCGCUGUUUGGUUCGAAAUAGCUUAGGACGUUCUGGAAAUUGUACACGCAAGGUCACCGUGCAUUUUUCUUCAACGUGUACAAUACAUCCUAAUUCAACGACAGUUAACGAAACAGACAACGUGUCACUAAAAGUCAACACCACAGGAAACCCACCUGUUUAUGAGUACAUCUGGACUCAUCCUAAUGGAAGUAGACUGACCGCCAAUAGAGCACUGACAUUUACUGCCUCAAGACAAGAUACGGGGACAUACAAGGUGUCUGUGUAUAAUGGUGUUGGUGAAAGAAGUUAUUGCACAAGUAGCGUCACUGUACAAUUCAUUCCUCGCUUGGUUAAUAUAUCGGUAUUCAAAGAUCCUCAGUCCACGGUUAGAGAAGAAAAUGGCACUAUAUUUGUCUACGAAAGUGACAGCUUCAAUCUAGCCUGCGAGUCACAAGCAAACCCUGAAGCAAGGUAUAAGUGGACAGUACCAUACCCAAGUCUAUUCAGUGGGCUGAACCAACAGGCACUGUUAUUCAACGACGCAACCACAAAUCAUUCAGGGAGAUACGUGUGYACUGCCAUUAAUAUUGUUGGUGAAGCAAGCAGUUCAAAGAACUUGAGCGUCUAUUUCAAGCCAAAAUCUACAUCAAUCAGUAUUUCUCCAAACCAGACAGGUUUUUGUCGUGGAAGUAAUGCCACUAUCUCCUGUACAUCCUAUGCCAAGCCUCAUGCUAAAUACUCUUUGUAUCACAACACAAAGCCGAUCCAUGAUAACAGUGCAAGCGGCGUGUUUAGUGUGACAUUAAAUAAAUUAGGCAAGAAAAACUACACCUGUGUAUCUAACAAUACUGUGGGGUUCGGCCAAAAUAGAAGUUUGGAGCUUGUUGUCAAAGAGCCUCCGAAAGCCGAAAACUGUAUAGUCACCAGUAAGAAUAUGAUCAAUGGAUCAGUAGUUGAAGGAGAAAGAGUGACCUUGUCGUGUAACAUCACUGGUAGUGAUCCACUGAACAUAACAUGGACCAAUGGUAGACAAGUGUGGAAUCGAGUGAACCUGACGUUUGGUUCUGUCAACAGAGAAAAUACUGGAAAUUACCAUGUGACAGUUAAUAAUGGCAAAGAGUGCAACGAAACAAAAGGGRAAAAUCUUCCACUCAUCGUCUACUUUUCUUCAUCGUGUACAAUACAUCCUAAUUCAACAACAGUUAAUGAAACAGACAACGUGUCACUAAACGUCACCACCACAGGAAACCCACCUGUUUAUGAGUACAUCUGGACUCAUCCUAAUGGAAGUAGACUGACCGCCAAUAGCAGACUGACAUUUACUACCUCAAGACAAGAUACUGGGACAUACAAGGUUUCUGUGUAUAACGAAGUUGGUGAUCGGGGUAUUUGCACAAGUAAUGUCGCUGUACAAUAUUUUGGAGAACUUACUUGCGAAGCUGUUCCAGUUGAGGUGAAGGAGGGAGACAACAUAACAUUGAAUUGUAGUGUCCCUGCAUAUCCCCCAGCAAGUUACACCUGGAAUGUUGGGAACGGAACUAAACGUACCACAUCAAACGUAAUGCUUACUGCCUCACGUGAUCUUCAUAACAAAUCGUUUACCUGCACUGCAGAAAACUCCCGUGGAGUAAAGAAUUGUUCGACAAGAUCUCUUAAAGUUCUUUAUUUCCAAAGAAACAUCUGCUCGAAAUUAAAAUUUAAUUUGGUGUCUGGAUAUGAAAGCCAAAAUCUUCCGGCGAUAAACCCAACUGGAUCCGGUAAUCCUAUACCCAUUCUAAACUGUGUGGGUGCUCAAGUUGUUGAUUCUAACCCCAAGUACAUAAUAACCGUGAACACCACGUUACCCAAAGACGUUUCUUGUACGUUCAAAAACAAAGUUGGUAACUGUUCUAGGGACAUUACAGUCUGGAAAAGAGUUCCGGCAUACAAAAAGAAAUCCACAAUGCAGAUAUUAGGAAUGGAUUUCAAUAUUGAUCUCAAAGAUAACAACACUCAGGCUUUUAUCGCCUUGUCCAAGAAAAUAAAGACAGCUAUUUUGGAAGUCUAUAGAAUAUCAGGAAACAAAUACGUAAUCAACAUUUACGUUAUCGCUUUUGUGAAGGGAAGUGUCUGGGUAAAUUUUGAGUUAGAGCUUAUCGCCAACGUGCCUAAUCCCCUUCAGCCUCUGCAAGAUGCUCUUGUUCAGAAUAAAGGAAACCUCAGCGGAUUGAUGUUCAAUGAAAGUAGUUUAAGUAAAGGUUUUCGUGCACCGAGUACAUCCUCAACUGCAGCACCGACGGCAGCUCCAACCUCAACAACGACGAAGAGUUCUAUUCCCCCUCUUACAUUCUGGGAAAAAUAUCGUGGAUAUAUUAUUGGCGCCAUUAUUGGUGUUUUAGCGUUAAUUGGCUUGUUAUUGGUGAUUUGGUGGCGCUAUAGAAAGAAAAGAAUCGACAAAACAAAUCCUGUUUUGGUAAAUAAUAAUAAUGCUACUGUGGAUAUACAUGCUGUUGAGGAGGCUGAGGCAAGGGACAACGCUGCGUAUUCUCCAUCUGACUAUGCUGAUCGUGGCCCAUCACAUGUUGAAGGGGGAAAAGAGGAGCCUGCAUAUGCCGCCGUAGAUAUGACCAAGGUAUGAAGCAGUGUUAUUCCUUGCACAGCACAUAAGACAGAGGAAUAUAAAGAUGUGUAAAUUAAAUGUUUUACAACAUAAAUUAGUCAAAUCCAACUAGUGGUCCAUCAUCAAUGUUGAUUGGAUGAGCUACUACUAGGCUUUAAGUCGGUAUUUAAGUUAUAGUCUACUAACAGCACAAAAUGCCAGCUUUGAAAACCAAAACAUUAAUUUUAACUUAUUUGCACCUAUAUAUUUUACUGAUUAGUUGGAUUUGACUAAAGCAAUUACUUUUCUCUCCCUCAUGGCUUAAGAGUCAAUAGCCCAUUUGGGUUCGAGGACUAAUUGCUAAAUAGAUAGAACGAAAACUUUGAUUGACUGAUAGGUAUGUUUGUAUCUUGAGGCUUUGGAAACUUGGCUGUGACGACAACGGUUUGGAUGAUUUUUUAAAUUUGUAAAAAAAGUUUCUUAAUAUUUCCUUGUUCUUAAACAUUAACUUUGAAAUGAAAAAAGGUCGUAAUACAUGAAUUAAUGCAUUAAAAGUUAUAAAUUUUUGAAGCAAUGAUGAAAAACGGAGAGAAAUCUAUCAAGUAGCCUUCUUUAUCGUCAGAGACUACCCAAAACCUUUUCGGUUUUAGUACCAAAUUUUGACUCUUCCUCAUCGAAAUUCCUUUUUCUCAACAACUUCUUGCACCAUCCAGCUUUUAACUUAAAGUGUAUAUCAGGUCUAGAAUUUUUUUACGGUUUUGUCAUCUCUAGAUGAUAUAGAUAAAUAUUCCAAAAAAAAUUUUCGAUUUCGAAUUUUUUUCACCUCGAAAUCAGCCUUCAAAUUUAGAUUUCUGGCGACGCCCAGUCGUGUUGGCCGUGUUUUGGGAGACGCUAAUGGACUGGCACUAGUUUUUCUGUGACGUAAAUUCGGUGACACAGUUUAGAUCGGCCUUUCGAAGUAUUGUAAAUAUGCCUAGUAGGUGCGUGGUUGGAGGGUGUUCAAAUAUAACGAA